GAUUCCUUCUCCUAUAGGCACUGGCAGCCAACGGCGGCACUGGGCUUGCUGUGGCCGAGCCUCAGAUCGCCAUGUUCUGUGGAAAGCUGAAUAUGCACGUGAACAUCCAGACCGGGAAAUGGGAGACCGAUCCUUCUGGGACAAAAAGCUGCUUUGGAAGGAAGGAAGAGAUUCUGGAAUAUUGCCAGGAGAUCUAUCCAGACCUCCGGAUUACAAAUGUGGUAGAACUCAAUGAACCAGUUUGCAUUAAAAACUGGUGCAAGAAGGGCAAGAAACAGUGCAAGGGUCAUACCCAUAUUGUCGUACCCUUCAAAUGUCUUGUAGGCGAGUUUGUCAGUGAUGUUCUCUUGGUUCCCGAAAAGUGCCGCUUCUUCCACAGGGAGCGGAUGGUUGUGUGCAAAAGUCACCAAUAUUGGCACAUUGUAGCAAAAGAGGCCUGUUUAACUGAGGGAAUGAUUCUGCACAGUUACGGGAUGUUGCUGCCUUGUGGUGUAGACAAGUUCCAUGGCACAGAGUAUGUAUGUUGCCCUCAGACCAAAAUUGUAGAUGAAGCUCUCUCUAAAGAAAAGGAGGAUGAGGAUGAAGAGGAGGAUGAGGAUGAAGACGAUGACGGUAUCAAAAGUGAAUUGCCUACUGAAGCCGAUACAGAUGAUUUCACAGUGGGAGUCAUGGAGAUGAAUGAGGAGGAUGAGGAGGAACAAGAAGAAAAUGAAGAAGAAGUAGUAGUAGACCAGGAUUAUUAUUACGAUAGCUACAAAGACUACAACGAAGAGCUUCCAUCAGAACCAAGCAAUGGAAGAUCUUUCUCUCAGAAGGAAAUCAUCAGUGAUGUGAAAGCUGUCUGCUCCCAGGAGGCGAUGACAGGUCCCUGCCGGGCUAUGAUGCCUCGUUGGUACUUCGACAUGUACAAGAAAAAGUGCAUUCGCUUUAUAUAUGGAGGCUGCGGAGGCAACAGAAACAAUUUUGAGUCAGAGGAGUAUUGUAUGGCUGUGUGUAAAAAGAUGAUUCCCCCGACUCCUCUGCCUACUGAUGACGUAGAUGUCUACUUUGAAACACCAGCUGAUGACAAUGAACACGCCCGUUUUCAGAAGGCCAAAGAGCAGCUAGAGAUUCGACAUCGUAACCGCAUGGACCGGGUAAAGAAGGAAUGGGAGGAAGCAGAAAAGCAAGCCAAGAAUCUUCCAAAGACAGAGAGGCAGGCCUUGAUGCAGCGAUUCCAGACGAUGGCUAAGUCACUUGAGAAGGAAGCUGCGAGUGAAAAACAGCAACUUGUGGAAACUCACCUAGCUCGCGUAGAAGCCAUGCUGGAUGAUCGCCAUCGCAUCGCCCUGGAAAACUACCUUGUUGCUCUGCAGACUGACCCCCCACGGCCCCACCGCAUCCUCCAAGCCUUGAAACGUUAUGUCCGUGCUGAGAACAAAGACAGGUUGCAUACAAUCCACCAUUACCAGCACGUUUUGGCUGUGGAUCCCGAAAAGGCCGCACAGAUGAAAUCACAGGUGAUGACACAUCUCCAUGUGAUAGAGGAGAGGAUGAAUCAAAGUUUGUCCUUGUUGUACAAAGUACCAUAUGUGGCUGAAGAAAUCCAAAAUGAGAUCGAUGAGCUCCUUCAAGAACAGCGAACUGAUAUGGACCAGUUUACUUCUUCCAUCUCUGAAUCCCAGGUGGAUGUACACGUGAGCUCCGAAGAAAGUGAAGAGUCUCCUCUCUUUGAUGGUAAACCUUUCCGUCCAUUCCAGGUGAAAACUUUCCCAGCUUCUUCAAAAAGUGAAGAUUCUCAGCCGGAUUUGUACCAUCCAGAGAAAAAAGGCUCUGGCCUGGCUGACCUUGAUGGGCUGAUUGGAGCAGAAGAGAAAGUAAUUAACAGCAAGAACAAACUGGAUGAGAAUGUGAAAUAUCCUGUCCCUACCAUGCCACGGUGAUUCAAAUUCUAAAGGCCUGUGUGAUCAAAAUAUUACUUCAUUGCUCUGCGGGGUGCCUGCAAGACGAUGGAGACCAAACGGAUGGGUCACCACCCAGUGAAGAAGAAAUGAUGAAAUCCCUAUGUUCCAGAAUCUCGAGGCCUGAGACUCUCUGGGUCAUUAUGACCAUCGCCGCCAAACUGGACAAAUUCUAUGUCUCAUGUGACACCCUUGAUGAGCUUAUGGAAUUCAUACAAUGUAUUGAGAAAAACCCCAGCCCCAUGGGUGUCAUGACAAAAAUAGGGUCUGAAUUACCGGUGGCUCU